AAAGAAGUUAAGUAAACUUUGUGUUCGUAUCGUUAAUGUCCAUCAAAUAAGAGUAAAAUUAAAAUAUGAUCGAGCCAGAAGUAUUAAAUGAAAAAAUUGUUGUUCAGGACAUAAAUAACAAUGACCGUGUUGAACAAAACAUCCAACAAGAUGAACCAUUGACUGGAAGCUCUGAUAUGGAGACAGAUUUCAAAAGCAACCGUGGGAAAAGAUUCGAUUUCUUGUUGAAGCAAACGGAGAUCUUUUCCAACUUUUUGGCAGAUUCAUCGAAUAUGUCGCCGGAUCAAAAAAAAUUCAAAAAGAAAAAACCAAAAUCAAUUUUCCAUUUCGAUGCAUCACCACACUACAUUACAGGAGAAAUGCGUGACUAUCAAGUUCAUGGACUCAAUUGGAUGAUAUCACUUUAUGAAAAUGGAAUUAAUGGCAUCUUAGCUGAUGAAAUGGGUCUUGGAAAGACUUUGCAAACAAUAUCAAUGCUGGGCUAUUUGAAACAUAUCAAAAAUUCUGCAGGUCCUCAUAUUGUCAUCGUUCCAAAAUCAACACUUCAGAAUUGGGUCAAUGAAUUUGCUCGUUGGUGUCCAUCAUUUAAAGUUAUUUGUUUCAUCGGUGAAAAAAAAAGACGAAAAGCAUUCAUACGAGAUGUAAUAAUGCCUGGUGAUUGGGAUGUUUGUGUAACAUCGUAUGAAGUAUGCAUUCUAGAAAAAUAUGUGCUUAAGAAGUUCGAUUGGCUUUAUUUGGUGAUUGAUGAAGCUCACCGUAUAAAGAAUGAAAAAACAAGGCUCGCGGAAAUUUUACGUCAAUUCAAGACACAAAAUCGUUUGCUUUUAACAGGAACACCAUUGCAGAAUAAUCUUCAUGAAUUGUGGGCUUUAUUAAACUUCUUAUUGCCCGAUGUAUUCAAUAACGCUUAUGAUUUUGAUUCCUGGUUCAAUGCCAAUGAAUGCAUGGAAAAUAAUCAACUGAUUGAACGAUUACAUGGCAUUCUUAAACCAUUCUUCUUACGUCGACUAAAAUCUGAAGUGGAGAAAGGAAUUUUACCCAAAAAGGAGAUGAAAAUUUAUGUGGGAUUGACCCAAAUGCAACGAGAUUGGUACAAAAAAAUAUUAUUAAAGGAUGUGGAUGUUAUGAAUGGAGCUGGUUAUUAUACUAAGAAGCGAUUGGAAAAUACUUUUAUCCAUUUACGUAAAUGUACGAAUCAUCCUUAUCUGUUUGAGGGAGCUGAACCUGGUCCACCUUUUGUAGUUGGUCAACAUUUAGUUGACAAUUGUGGAAAGUUGAAAAUAUUAGACCAACUUUUGCCACGCUUACUAGCCGAAAGAUCUCGCAUUCUUAUCUUCUCUCAAAUGACGCGAAUGCUUGAUAUUCUCGAAGAUUAUUGUUUUAUGCGAGAGUAUGAAUAUUAUCGUCUUGAUGGAAAUACAAGUCACAUAGAUCGUACAAAUAUGAUUGCUGAUUUUGAUUCUAACAAUUCUCAAAAGUUUAUUUUUAUGUUGUCAACAAGAUCUGGUGGUUUGGGAAUUAAUCUUACAGCUGCUGAUGUUGUAAUCAUUUAUGACGCUGAUUGGAAUCCCCAAAUGGAUUUACAAGCUAUGGCUCGUGCACAUCGCAUUGGACAGAAAAAGCAGGUUCGUGUAUUUAAAUUUAUAACUGAAGAUAGUGUCGAUGAAAGAAUGCUCGAGUCUGCUGAACUUAAAUUGCUACUUGAUAAACUCGUCAUUCAAAAUGGAAUUACAAUGAACAACAGCUCAACAGAAUUGGAAACAGAUGAAAAUGUUCAAGUUUUCCAAGUGAAAGAUUUAGAAUUGACUGAUGAAGACGUUGACACAAUUUUGAUGAAAGGAGAAAAUAAAGAAAAUGAAAAACCAUAA